CCUACCCCCAAGAUUUUAUUUCUUGGAGGCUGUCCAGUCAGUCAGUCAGUCAGUCAGUCAGUGGACACCGCCCCGCGUCUGUCGUUCCUGCCACGGCCAGCAAGCAUAUUGAUCACCUCUGCCUCGUCUGCCUAUACGAAACGCGUCCCUAGGGUCUAUUAUUGUCCGAUGUGGCUCUUCCGGGUCUUUUCGUCGGCCGCCUUUCUGGCCGUCACCGUCUCUUCCAUCCCGCUCGCCUUCGACGUGGGUGGGAAAACAUGCGGUCUGGCCUAUUCCCUCUCUCUGGCGACUUUCUACUUUCUGUUCUCGCUCCUGCGGCUCACCACCCCCGAUCGCUCAUGGGUCCGCUCCUCCCUCAUUGUCCUCAUCAGCUCAACGCAAUGGCUCAUCGUCCCCAUCCUGCUUAUCUGGGCGUUGAAUCGCUUCUCGAUCGACACUGACAACGCGGGUUCUUGGGUGGAGCGAACCUUUACCGGGAAAAGAGCCCAUGACUCGUCGAUACAGGAGUGGCUGUUUGGGCCUGACGGGCUGAUGGAGUCAGUAACGAUCGGGAACUGGGACAAACUGUUGAGAUGGUCCACGCCGGUUUUCCAGCUGGCUGAAGGGUUCUGUAGCCUGUUGGUCAUACAGGCUGCGGGUCAAAUCACCCGAUGGCUUGUCAACCGCGGCGGACGAAGUGAUAGUUGGAUGAUUGGUCUCUUGGUCUUAUCGGCCUCCAUCAUUUCGAGUUCCGUAUACUUCCUUUGGCGGGUCCUUCAGUUUCCCGAAAUCUCCAAUGUCGACGCUGCUUUGAUCGGUGUGUCGAUCACCUGCGCCGUGAUUCUAUGUGCAUGGGGAAUUGGCAGUGGCCGUGGAAACCCAGUGGAGAGUUCGCUGCUAUUUGCCUAUAUCGUGCUGUGCAUCUAUCAGAUUUUCACAGACUACAAACCAUCACAUCCCGUGGAACAAUUCCCCUCACCUGCGCAAGCAGGGGACUUUCCGCCGCUCCCGCCUAUAAUCAUGGCAUCGUAUACGACUCUAAUGCACGCUUUGUCUCUGUUACCCUCGAUCAUCCACGCCGCCUUCAACGUCAUCGCUGCAGUUUUUGGCGCCGUCACUCCUUCCGUGUUGAUAUCCCUCACGUACCGCAUUAUAGUUCUGUAUGCAUCCACUCGGAUCAUACCUGCGGUCCGCGAAUCUGGGGCGCGUGCUCUCUCCCAAGAAGCGUCAUUGGACGACUCCGAUGCGGCCGGUCAGUUUUUGGGCCUACUCAGCUAUUUCUCGCCAUCUAUCCUCAUAGCUGUCUAUACCAGUCUUCUCAUGCAGCAUUUCGCCUCUACCUCUCAAGCGAUGGGUGGCAGUGGCGAGUGGUGGAGCAGUCAAGGAGGUGGUGGAGGGAAUCUUUGGCGUUGGGUUAACCUCGCUGGUACGAUGGCCUUAUACGCCGUCGAGCUCUACCUGGGUGAGAAUGACGACCUGGAUUCUGGACUAGCUGGUCAUUGGAAGACCGAUUGAGCAUAGCAACGAAACCGAGAGCAAUCUCCGGUGCCUGUGGAGCUGGACUGCAAGGGCUUGCCGCCUUGAUCCGGUACGAAUGACACGUCAACCACUUCCGCGCCUUAUGAACAGC